CGGCGCCCCGCCGCGGGGGCCGGGGCUGCGGGAAUCGGCGCCGUAGGGCCGGAAGCAACAACUUUAUAUGGCUCAUGUCUGACAACAUGCACCACCAGUGGCUGCUUCUAGCUGCAUGCUUUUGGGUGAUAUUCAUGUUCAUGGUUGCCAGCAAGUUUAUCACAUUGACUUUUAAAGAUCCAGAUGGCUAUGGUGCCAAACAAGAGCCAUUAAUACUGACAGCUGUGACAAAAGUGGAGGAGGCACGUGUGCCAGAGGAAAAACAUUGGACUAAAGAAUUCCAGCCUACUGGAAAAGCUUUCACUGGAAAUCUGCUACGCCAUCCCUUUGUUCAUAUGGAAAGACUUGAGCUUCUCCGGAAUGUCUGCAGAGACACUGCACUGAGUAAUCUCUCUCACACUGCAGUUUCCAAAUUCGUCUUGGACCGAAUAUUUGUGUGUGACAAGCACAAGAUCCUGUUUUGUCAGACGCCAAAAGUGGGCAACACUCAGUGGAAAAAAGUCUUGAUCGUUUUAAAUGGAGCAUAUUCUUCCAUAGACGAGAUCCCCGAAAGCAUUGUACAUGAUCAUGAGAAAAAUGGCCUUCCACGUCUGUCCUCCUUCAGUGACUCUGAAAUUAAAAAGCGACUGAAUUUAUACUUCAAGUUUUUUAUUGUUAGAGAUCCAUUUGAAAGACUUAUUUCUGCAUUUAAAGACAAGUUUGUGCACAAUCCUCGCUUUGAGCCUUGGUACCGACACGAAAUUGCUCCCAGCAUCAUUCGUAAGUACAGAAGAAAUCGCCUGGAGACCAAAGGGCUGCAGUUUGAGGAUUUUGUUCGCUAUCUGGGUGACCCCAAUCACCGAUGGCUGGAUGUCCAGUUUGGUGAUCACAUUAUUCACUGGGUAACCUAUGUGGAACUCUGUGCUCCCUGCGAAAUCACGUACAGUGUGAUUGGACACCAUGAAACCCUGGAGGACGAUGCUCCCUACAUUUUGAAAGCAGCCGGCAUAGACCGUCUGGUAUCGUACCCCACGAUUCCGCCAGGCAUAACAGUGUACAACAAAACAAAAGUAGAGAGGUAUUUUUCAGGAAUCAGCAAGAGAGACAUAAGACGCCUCUAUGCUCGGUUUGAAGGCGACUUUAAACUCUUUGGGUAUCAGGAGCCAGAUUUCUUGUUUAAGUGAUGUUUGGGAGAAGCUCUGGAGAAGUGUCUUAAUUGAAACCUGUGUGAAUACCAGCUGCAACACUGACAGAGAUGAGAAUGACCUUUUGUUUUCUAGCUUUUUGAUGUUGCUCCGUUCUUCCAUGAAACAUGUGUCAUAUGAAGAGUUAGGGGCUUAAAGUUGUUGCUUACUGACUGUAUUUUCAAUAUGUGUCACUGCAGUCUGUUAGGAAUGAAGUCAGUUAUCUAAAACACAGGAUUUCACUUCUCUCCCUUCCUUGCA